UCCCACGGUGCUGCCGCUGAGAGGCGUGUGAGCGGGCAGCCAGACAGAAUAAAAACAACUGAGCCCCCCCCCGCGAACCUCACUGCCCGCUGGCAGGGUCCCGGGGAGCCGAGCACGGCUCUGGGGUCCCACUGGAGAGGACUCUCCGAGUGGAGACUUCUCACUGAAGGCUGGAUUUUGCAGUUCCUCUGCCCGGUCUCCCACCCACGCAGGUGAACGGAUUUGGCACCCACGGCACUCUCAGUUGUGGCUGAGUUUUCCAUUUUGCAUGUGACUCUCCCAACUCACCAGCAAAGCGGGAGCGGGCAGGGUGCAGCAGGACACCCACGCUGCCUUUGCAUGCCACCAGCCUUCGUGCUGCAUUCCCGUGAGUUGCAGCGAUCGCUUCCCCACACCCCAAAAGGCUCUUCACAAUGACUGCCGGCCUGGAGAAAGCCUGCCACCGGUGCAUAUCUAAAAUUGCCAGCAAUGCGUGCUUUAUAUUUGGGCUCCUCGCUUUCCUUGCCUUACCACUAUCCAUGACUUUCAUAGGAAUGAAGUUUUUGGAAGAUUGCCCAGUUCAGCCACUAAUUCCAUUAUAUCUGUUGGUGGGUGGCGUGAUUGGCAGCUUAAAGGUGACUCUCCUGCUGUACGACUCAACAAGGAUGAGGCAGCUGCUUUCCAAGUCUGUUGUGAUCGAUGAUGAUGAUGAUGACGAAUAUCCCUGGAGGCAGAAUGCUCACAAGUACUACAUCCAUCUAACCCUCAGCCUUUUCCUCUUUCUCUGGUUCAUUCUUGGGAACUACUGGGUUUUUUCUGUGUAUCUGCCAAAUUUCAUCCCACCCUUCCAUCAGCCUCAGGAUUACUGUGACAAAACCUUGUACAUUUUUGCUGUUGGUGUUCUCAUUAUUAGCCAUACUGUUCUCUUUCUUCUUGUCUUUUGUAGCUGCUGCAUAUAUUGUUUUUCCAGGCAAAGGUACUCUUCUGAGGAAGACUAAAUGCCACAUAAAUAAAGCCCCAGAUAUUUGGGAAAGAGUGUACAACAAAGAACAGGCAAUAAUUCACCCUUGUGUACACCUCUGUUGUGCUAUAUAUAUGUAUGAUAGCAGCCAACUGCAGGAGGAAAUUGUAAAAUACAGUGACAUCUGGCAAUAGCUAGGUUGGAAUACAGCACAGUCAAUGUAAAAUUGCUGCUACAGAUGCCAGGGUGCACUCUUGCUAACUUAUACAUCCUUUUUUUAACUCUUGGACAUUCUGCCUGGAGUAAGCUCUUGCAGUCAGCGAACUCCUCUAAAACCAGGUCCCCUCAUGUUGUUUCAGCACAGUACAUCUCUGCCUACAAAAGUAGCCAUGUCGGCUUCUUCACUGGGAUCUGAACACCUCCGUAGCCUUGCUGAGGUAUGUUACUGUCCCUGCAUUAUAGAUGAGGGAGCUGAAACAAAGAGAUAA